AUGAAUCCGCUCGAUCCCUCAGAUAUUCCUGAACCUCCUCGCCGAUACUCUCAUCCAUCUCGACAAGAGUACACCGUCACACCAGGUGUCGAUAAUUUAGGUCCCUCCUCAGUAGGAGGCGGCAUAAGCGGCAUAGCCCUCGGAAUCGCAAACAGUCACGAUCGCCAAAGUGGUAUCGACGCCGUCCGCGGUCUACACCCAGAGUCUGCGGAAAAUAUGAACGACGGGUACACCGGUCCCGCAGAACGGGCCUUUAACACCACUGGCUCAGAUAAUCCAUACGGUCCACUUCCUCCAGCUGAAUACACUACUGGAAGUACAGAAUCCCUUCAGGGACUCCACCCACAAUUCUCAUACGGUUCAUCAAUGGCAUUGGGGAAUGCUGCUGCGUCUCCAGCUAUGCAAGCUUCUGCGCGCUCCAGUGCACAUCUCAGUGAAGCGAGACGAAGCUUUCGGGAACUUACCUCUACUGGUCCGUCGCCGUAUAGGAAUUCGGGUGGUGGGAUUGUUAGUGAUGGGCCUUAUCAGCGACAGUCUUAUUAUAAUGCUGGGAGUAUGAAUAUCCCUGUUGAUAUCAACCCGGAUGACAUUGCGGAUGAUGGGGAUGAUGAAUUUGCUCCUUCUAAUCACAAUCGAACGGGUCCUGCGGCGACAGGUGCGGCUGCUGGUGCUGGUGUUGCUGGUGUGGCAGGUAUCAGUGCGUCUAAGGGUGGGUUAUUUAAGGGAUUCUUUGGGUCCGAGAAGGCUUCGGAUGUUUCUUAUGAUGCUGUACCUGGUGGUGGCUUGGAAGCUGGGUACGGGAAGAAAAAGAGGUUUCCGAAUAUGGAAGGGAGAAAGAAGAGAGGGUGGAUUGUUGGUGGUGUACUAGGCUUUAUCAUUCUUGCUGCUAUUAUUGGUGGUGCGCUUGGUGGUACACUUGGAACGAAAGAGUCAGAUGGCUCGUCGUCGUCAAGUGAUAAGUCUGCUACAGAUGAUGAGCAGAUCAAUGGUGAUCUUGAUAAGGAUUCAGCUGAGAUUAAGGCACUCAUGGGCAACACAAAUCUGCACAAGGUCUUCCCUGGUAUGGACUACACACCUUGGGGAGUACAAUACCCAUUGUGUCUGAAAUAUCCACCAUCACAAAACAAUGUCACUCGUGACUUGGCGGUCUUGUCUCAGUUGACCAAUAAUGUUCGCUUGUAUGGUACAGACUGCAAUCAGACUGAGAUGACCUUGCAUGCGAUUGACAAACUUGGGUUAACGGAUAUGAAGGUCUGGCUUGGAGUGUGGAUUGAUUCUAACACCACCACGACAAAACGCCAGCUGAACCAGCUCUAUGACAUCCUUGAUGAUACUAAGAACACUUCCAUCUUCAACGGUGUUAUUGUUGGCAAUGAAGCUCUUUACCGUGCAGGCCCUGACAAAGCGACUGCAGAAACGAAUGUGAUUAGCUACAUCAAUGAUGUCCGAGAUGAGCUAAAACAGCGCAACCUUGAUGACCUGCUCAUUGCUACAUCUGAUCUGGGUGACAACUGGAAUGGCGAGCUAGUCGAUGCGGUUGAUGUGGUCAUGUCCAAUGUUCACCCCUUCUUCGCAGGUGUCAAUGUGAACGUCGCAGCAGCUUGGACAUGGGAUUUCUGGCAGACCCAUGACACGUCAUUAACCAAGGGUUCAACAAAGAAACAAGUCAUCUCAGAAGUUGGCUGGCCUAGUGGUGGAGGAAAGGACUGCGGUGCAAGCCCUACCUGUGAUUCCGAUACUCCAGGCUCCGUAGCCAGCAUCGAUAACAUGAACACUUUCAUGUCCGACUGGAUCUGUCAGGCUUUGGAAAAUGGCACAGACUAUUUCUGGUUCGAGGCUUUCGAUGAGCCGUGGAAAGUCCAAUUUAACACACCUGGCAAAGACUGGGAAGACAAGUGGGGUCUGAUGGACUCAGCCCGCAAGAUCAAACCUGGUCUUAAGAUCCCAGACUGCGGUGGGAAGACAGCUUCAUAG